UUUCGAAACUAGAUCACAGUGGCGACGAGAUUUCAGUUGUGAAGACUUGUCGGAGGGAGAGAAGAGAAAGGCUGAGUAGACAGAAGGAAAUUGUAAAAAGAUUGCACUUAGAUAGGUGGAGAAAAAACAAAAAAGUUAUCAUGGCAUCGGGAGAUACCCUGUACAUAGCAGCGGACGGGUCGGACAUGCCAGCCGAAAUUGUUGAAUUGCAUGAAAUUGAAGUAGAGACAAUCGAGACAGUUGUCGACGACGAUGAACAUCAGCCCAUGAUCGCCUUACAGCCGCUCGAUGAUCCAAACUCGAUCCACUCGCACCAAGAGGUGAUUUUAGUGCAAACAAGAGAAGAGGUUGUGGGCGAGGAUGAUUCUGAGAUGCAUACAGACGACGGUUUUGAGGAUCAAAUCCUUAUCCCGGUGCCUGCCGUGGAAGAGGACUACAUCGGACAGACUCUGGUUACAGUCGCCGGCAGAAGCUCGUCUUCGGGCCGGAUGAAGAAAAGUGGAAGCGGGAAAAAAGCGUGUAAAAAGAGCUACAUAAGCGGAGUAGAGAUGGGUCGAAAGUGGGAGCAAAAACAGGUCCAGAUAAAGACUUUGGAAGGGGAGUUUUCAGUAACUAUGUGGGCAUCGGACGACAAGAAGGACAUAGAUCACGAAGAGCAAAUCACAGAAGAGAAUUCUCCUCCAGAUUAUUCUGAAUAUAUGACUGGAAAGAAGCUUCCUCCUGGAGGUAUCCCAGGCAUUGACCUGUCAGAUCCCAAGCAGCUGGCAGAGUUUGCACGAAUGAAGCCAAGAAAAAUAAAAGAGGACGAUGCGCCCAGAACGAUAGCUUGUCCUCAUAAAGGAUGCACAAAGAUGUUCAGGGACAACUCUGCAAUGAGAAAACACUUGCAUACGCAUGGACCUCGCGUGCACGUCUGUGCAGAAUGUGGCAAAGCUUUCGUGGAGAGUUCAAAACUGAAAAGACAUCAACUUGUGCAUACAGGAGAGAAACCUUUCCAAUGCACAUUUGAGGGAUGUGGAAAGCGCUUCUCUCUGGACUUUAACCUGCGCACACAUGUGCGUAUUCACACUGGAGACCGCCCGUACGUGUGCCCCUUUGACGGCUGCAAUAAAAAGUUUGCUCAGUCCACCAACCUCAAGUCUCACAUACUCACACAUGCCAAAGCCAAAAACAGCCAGUGAGUUAUCCGUGGACGAAUCAGGCUCAGCGCGAGACAAACUCUUGAGCGACGGGACUCUCUCUGUUCGUUGAGUCUCGUGUUCUUCGGCCUGCUUUGUUGUGAUGAGCCCGUGUUUUGCCUCUACAGAAAAUAUUCAAACUGGGAAAACAAAAUUAUAACGUUUUCAAGCAAAGAACUGAUUUCUUUUGACCCGGCGUCCACCUGAUGGUUUAACCUGGAGGGAACAUUUUUAAAGUUUCUUCUCAUGAAGAUAUUUAUUCACAAUUCCUGCACCUAAAAAAAAAAAGAAACUUAUUUAUACAGUAACAAAACCACUUUUUUUUUUUUGC